AUUAACUUGAAAAAAUGUGUGGGAUAUCAAUCGCAAUUUUUCACUAACACAAUAAACUAAAAUAUUUACUCUUAUAUGUGUAAACCAUGAGUUCAAAAGAUACAGAAAAGCCUAAGCCAAGACAUAGGUCUGACUUAAAGCCAGGAGAGAUCAAUCCCUAUAUACCGAAAUAUAUAGUUGAAAGACCAUGGUAUCAACAGGAAGGACAAGGAAAAGGACAAGAUCAUCUGAAAGCUAAUGAUACUGAUGAUGAUAACAAUGAUACUAACAAUGAAGUAAAAGAAGAUUACUUAUCACAUCAAAGGAAAAGAAAAGAAGUCAUUGUUGAUUACAGUAUACCGACUUCGGGGAAUGGUAUUCAUGAUGAAUUCAUUGUAAAGGAUAAUGCAUACAUUAAAAAGAUUGAUGAAUAUGAUGAUGAUAAUAAUAAUAAUAAUAAUAAAGAUAAAUCAUCUUUAACCCAAAUUAAUAAUAAUGAUAAUGAUAAAAAUAUAUAUGAUAGUAAGCGUGAUAGAUGGUAUGGAUAUAAUAGUAAGGAAUGGGAUAAAGUAUAUGAGAAUUGGGAUAAAAUUAAACAAAAAUCUAAACGUAAUCAAACUCAAACUCAAACUAAAGAUGAUGAAUCUGAUGAUACAGAUUAUGAAUUAGAGUUAUUUGAAUUGGGAUUAGAUCGUAAAGAUAUUCAAAUCAAUAGCAAACAAGAUGUAUCAGAAAAGAUGAUACGAGAUAGACAAGAUAUUCCAUCAUAUAUAUAUAAUAUAACUACUCAUCCCGAUAAUAAAAUAAGAGUUGAUUAUGAUCCUAAAUCUCGAUUAAGCAAAAAUUUAGAAAAAGGUUUCUUAAAUGAUAAACAUCAAUUUGUUAAGAAAUUAAGUGGAGAAGGAAAAGAUUUAGUCAAUCUUCAAAAAUUUGCUUGGGAAAUUGAUCAAAAUGAUCUAAAGGAAAAGCAAACAAAUCAAUUAAUUAAUAAAUUAUCUGGUUCAAAUUCAAAUACAGAUAAUGAUCAAAUUGAUGAUGUAUCUGAAACAAAUUUAGACUAUAGUCUUGAAGCUAGUCCUACUUUAAUGAUGCUUAAAGCAAAGCAAAAGAAAGAAGAUGAGAAGAAAAUUUUAUUAGCAAAGAAGCAAUCAUUAAUUGAUAAAUAUGGGAAUUCUUCUUCAACUAAAUAGUUAUAAUUAUAGUUA